AUGCAGACCAUCGCCGAGGACUUUGCCAUCUUGGCAACGCCCGGGAACUCGUUCCCGUUGGCUGCAGCAGACGAGCGCAUCGUGUCGGACAGGCUUCAGCGGCCAAGUCCCGACCUGCCACGUGCCCUCUCGUCCACAAGUCAAGUCGGGGGUGGAAAGCCCACGUGGUGUGGCAUCUCGCGGGCGUCCAUGGACAAACACGUGCCUGUGGUGAUGAGCGUCGCCAUUGGCGCGUACGUGGGCGUGGGGAGUCGCGUCCUGCUGACGGAAUUCGCCCACGUGCUGAGCGCGCGUCAGACCAAUUUGCUGGAGCUGCUGGGCUUUGGCUACUACCUGCCGAAUGUCGUUGGCUGCUUUGUCAUGGGCCUCGCGGCCCGCGUGAAGCCUCUGUUGCGCGGCCAGUACGACGUGCUGCUCACGGGCGUGACGACGGGCUUUUGCGGCAGCUGCACCACGUUUGCUGGCUGGGACCUCGGCGUCGCGCUCCUGUUUGUCCACAAUCAGUGGCUGACCGCCAUCCUCGUGCUGGGCAUACACGUUGCAAGCGCCAUCACGAGUCUUCGUCUUGGCUUUCACGUUUCCGACGGCAUUGUGCACUACUUCACCAUGCGCGAGUAUCCGUUCCGCAAACCACCGGUCAACCUGCCACAGCUGAACCUGGACCUGGAAACCAGCAUUUGUCGCUUCCGAGAGAUGAAGACACAUACGUUUGGACCGCUUGUUGCUCGACGAGUGCAGGCGACCGAAGAAGCACUGGUGUUGGCGAGGGACUCGUGCAACGAGUUGACAGCAGAAAUCACUCAAGUGGAGCACGAACAACAGGCAGUUGUCCAUCAUACCAUGAUCUGGGUAGCGGCAACACUUGCGCUGACGGUGCUCUUCUGGACGCUUGCAUUCUGUGGCUUCGACAACUACCCUAGCUCCAGGAUCCUGGCCGUCUGUUUCGCUCCUUUCGGUGCACUCUUGCGAUGGUACUUGUCCAUGUACAACAGCGAACCCACGUGCAAGCGAUUCCCGUUUUUCACGUUCUGGCCGAACGUCUCUGCGUCGUGUCUGAGCUGCGCAAUGGAGAUCGUCGGCAGUGUUGUAUACCGUGACAGUGCUUCUGCGUACCGUCACUUCGUGAUGUAUGGCCAAGGCGGCGUGAUGGUUGGCUUCCUGGGUUCAUUGUCUACGGUGUCGACGUGGGUGUAUGAGCUCGACAACCUCUCGUCGAGGCGUCUUAUCUGGGCGUAUCGCUACGGCCUCACAAGCGUCGUUGUCGCGCAGCUCGCGAGUGUUUUUAUUCUAGGCAUGUACAAUGCGUACGGCAGCGGCCUGUUUGUCGAGUAA